AUGGAGAACACGCUUUCGAAGACACCUGACAGAUUCGAACUGUCGAUUACUCUCCCCUACUCGGAUUGGUACCUUCGACAUUACGACCUCAAGGAAUUGGAGAAGCAUGUCAGUUUCUUCAACCUCAUGACAUACGACAUGCACGGGACUCUGGACCGUGGGAAUAAAUGGACUGGCGAGCAGUUGAACGCACACACCAAUUUGACGGAAAUCAAGGACUCGCUCGACUUGCUCUGGCGGAAAGGUGUCAAUGCCGAGAAUGUGGUAAUGGGUCUGGCAUUCUACGGCCGCGGGUAUACUGUUGCGAGCCCGUCAUGUGUUGAGCCUGGCUGUCUGUUUCUGUCGGGAAGUGUAGAGACGCAUUGCUACUACGAGACAGGAAUUCUGCCUAACAAUGAUCUUAUGAGAAUCAUGCGUACCAAAGGGUUGUCAUCGAAGCUCUAUGAGGACGCUGCUGUCAAGGUAACUCAUUGGCGGGAUCAGUGGGUGUCCUAUGACGAUGAAGAGACACUAAAGACCAAGACCGACUUUGCCCGUGAACAGUGUUUGGGGGGUGUCCACGUAUGGGCAAUCGGCCAUGAUAUGAAGUACGCAAACUUCACUGAAGCCCUCUACCGCGUGGCCAAUCGCCGAGGGCCGCGCAGAAGGCAUCACGGUUAG